AUGUUGGUCUCCUUAGUUCUCGCUCUCUUUCUACCGUGCGCCGGAAUGGCCGCCGUAUUCCUGGUCUACGUCUGCCUGCUCUUCCACUCGGCGGGCGCCGAGAGCCGCGAUUUGCCGGUCAAACGCCGCCCCGACAUGGGUCUGUCGGCGUCUGAUCUCGAGAGGCUGCCGAAGGUCGCCGGGAAGGAGCUGGCGCUGGGCGGGGAGUGUGCGGUGUGUUUGGACGAGAUCGAGGGCGAGCAGGCGGCGAGGGUUUUGCCGGGGUGCAGCCACGGCUUCCAUCUGCAAUGCGCCGACGCGUGGCUCUCCAGGAACUCAAUCUGCCCCGUCUGCAGGGGUACGGUUGGGCCCCACCCGCUGGACCCAUCACAGAGCAUCCCAUGCUGA